UCUUACCCACCACCUAAAAUUCCUCAACCAGAGCGACUGGAUCAGGUCUAUGACGCACUGAAAAAAGGUCUUCAGUCUUACCUGCAGGUUCAUCAGAUGGACUUGGAUAGCCUCAGCAAACAGAUUAAAGAAUCAAAGAGGAACUCCAGACUGGGUUUCCUGUAUGAACUGGACAAGCAAGUGAAGGUGACCAAGAGGUACAUAAGACGACUGGAGUUUCACCUUAGUAAGAUUGAGGAGUUGUAUGAAGCCUAUUGUCUGCAGAGGAGACUCAGGGAUGGAGCCGAGAAGAUGGUGAAGGCGUACACUGCCUCACCAGGAAGUAAGGAGGCCCGGGAGAGUUUAGCAGAAGCCAGUAAAGGAUACAAAGAGUACACAGAGAACAUGUGUGUGUUAGAGAGCGAGUUGGAGAACCAGCUGGGGGAGUUCCACAUUAAGAUGAAAGGUCUGGCUGGAUUUGCUAGAUUGUGCUCUGGUGACCACUAUGAGAUUGUUAUGAAGUAUGGUCGGCAGCGUUGGAAGCUCCGAGGCCGAAUAGAGAUCAAUGCUAAACAGGUGUGGGACAGUGAAGAGGCGGUGUUUCUUCCGCUCAUCAAUGAGUUUCUCUCUGUAAAGGUGACAGAGCUGAAGAGCUUAGCCAGUCACAUAGUUGUUGGAAGUGUUUCCUGUGAGACUAAGGACCUGUUUGCUGCACAACCUCAGACAGUUGCUGUGGAUAUUAAUGACCUCGGGACUAUUAAGCUGAGCCUUGAAUUCAUCUGGAAUCCAUUUGAUAAAGAUGACCAGGGGUCAGUGGCAAGCUCUGUCAACAAAGCUCCACCUGUCAAUAAGAGAUUCUCAGCCAUCUUCAACCAGAGCCCACCUGACACACCAUCUUUACGUGAACAAGCCUUCUAUAACAUGCUCCGCCAGCACGAGGAGUUAGAGAAUAGAACAGCAUGGUCUAAUUCAUCUGAAUCUUCUGAUGACUCGUCUAGUCCUCGGCUGAAUGUAGGAGGGCUACGCACCUCUGCAACUCAUAAGUCAGUCGUGAUGACACCAGAAAUUCAGCCAGUUGUAACAAGAAGUACCUCCUCACAGCCCAACAUCUCAUUUUGCCUCAGAGACUCUUCCUUCUCAAAUCCAGACUUCGCCAUCAAAGUCAACGCUAUCAGUGAGGUUCCCAACACACAAAAACACCAAGCAGAGAACAACAGGGAAGAGGAGAAUGAGGCAGUCACUGUGAUGACAAAGCCAGACAGUGAGGAUGAAGGGAAACAGUCUCCCAUUGCAACAGGGAAUGGGGCGGUGGCCAACAGUCACACCUCACGCAGCUACUAUUUGCGCACUCUGAGCCACAUUAGUGAAAGCAGCAUUGAUGGCACUGUACUGAUUGACAGAUCAGUCAGUGAAUCAAAAGAGGUGAUGUCUUUAGCCUCCAGUAUUCCCAUCAAUGACACUAAAAUGGCCAUACCCAGCAGAACUCCUGAUCCACCCAACUCUGCUGCUACAGAGAUUAAUGUGUCAUCAAGGAGACUCUGUGUCAUUAAAGGAAACACAAUAUCUGAUGAUGUCAUAAAUCAGCACCAAGCUGGGAAACAACAAGAUUCAUCCAGCUCUGUCCCCAUACCCCUCUCUACACGGACAGAAGAAAUGGACCCUAACACUCAAACAAAAAUCAACACACACCCAGACCUAGAGUGCAACACACUGCCAGAAAGUGUGGAUGGGACAUAUGUAGCCCAGCGGGUGCCAGUGGUGGGGGAGAUGCCAGGUCCAGAUGCAGAUCGUCUGUCCAAAGAGGGUGAUGGUCCAGUGGACAGCAGGCUGGAGGAUGCCCUGGGAGCUUUGGUUUCCUCUCUGGAUGAUUACAGAGGACAGUUUCCUGAGUUACAAAUACUAGAACAAGAGCUUAAUUUGCUGCAAGCUACAUUAAAGGUUGGCAGACACAGCCGUUCUCCCAGUGUGGUUAGCCUUACAGUGGAAACAGCUCUGGGCAGCUUUGACUUCCUCAACACAUCUGACUGGGAAGAGGAAGAGGAUGAAAAUGGUGACAAGAGGAGUAGAAAUAGCAGGUCACCACAGACCAGAGGCUUGGACAGCACCCCCUACCCCACAUCCCCCCUCACUACAGGGUGCACUGCCCUAGACUCUUCCCUGGUCAUCCAUUUGAAGAACUGCAGUGCACAGCUUUUGCAUCUGGGUAUGUUUGGCCCUCUGCGGUGUGGAGAGAUGUACGCCUUAGACAGACUGCUGAGAGAGGUUCAAGUGCUCAAAAUCAUCCGAUGCAUCUCCAAGGAUAACCCAAAGCACUUCAGACAGCCUGCUGAAGUAAUACCACAGCUGGGCCUGUGCUUGGGGGCUGUGUCACUGUGGCAGCAGUGCGUGGGGCAGGGCAGUGUGUACAGCGUCUCUGCUGAAAAUGUCCUGAUUACACUGUCUACAGCUUACUGCAACAUACUGCCUGAAAGGGCCAGACGCAUGGCAGAUGCAGUGUUCUUGUGUCUGGUUGAGCGAGUGCUGGAUCAGAGGUUACCACGGCGAGGUAGCAACAGAGACAAGGUGAUGAUGACACUGUUCCAGCUGUGGAGUUACAUAGAUGCCAUCGGUAUCACUGACAUGAAAGGACACAUCACUGACCUGGCAGAAGAGGUGUGGUUGGUGCAGAGGCUGGCAUCAUGUGACCAGGAUGUGAUCGUUCACACUUUGCGGCAUCCUGCAGAGUGCAGUCUGAAGAGAGAAGGGCUUCAUGCUGUGGCCAAAUUACUGAAAGACCCACGAGGCAAAGUGUCGGCCUCUGCCAGUUCUGUACUUAGAGGCCUGGCUGCUCAGCCCAGACAGAGAGAGCAGGCUCUGGUCAGCUGUCUGGAGCUGCUGGAAGAUGAGAAUGUGGACAUCAGAGUCUGUGGAUGCAAGGCCUUAGCUUGUCUCAAGGCCAAAGAAAGCAUUGACCAGUUGGUGUAUCUUUGUCAGACAGACAAAGAGGAAGUCAGAGAUGCUGCUAAACAAGCGCUGCUAGUGCUCGGCGAGGAGGGGAAGAUGGCCCACAGGCAUGUGGAGACGUCUCACGACAGCAUACCAAGGCUCUUUGCUGUUGGAGGCAUGGCCAGCACAGCCUUCUAAUAUAACACAUACACUGGGCUGGAACAACACAAAAACAGUCAGCAACACUAUAGCAGUGUUGUGUUUUGGCAGUACUUAGACACAAUGCCAUGAGAAUAGGCCACAUGCUGCUUUUCUAUAUCAUUUCUACCACUAAAAUAUACAAAGACAAAUAUAAUAUACAGUAAUACAUAAAGUAUAUACACUGUCAGAGGUGUUGCAAUAAUACUUACAUGAAGGACAGCAACUCUACUUAACACUGGAAAAACAUUGUCAGUAAGAUGCAAACAUAAUGUAACAGUUUAUGUUUAUUAACCUGUGCUAUCAACCUAUUGUGAGAAAAUCAGUUGGACUGUAAAUAUGCAGGAAAGAAUAUACAGUUUGAGCAGGAUGAAAACUGAAUGGAAGAAUGCAUAAUGGAAGGAUUAAAAGCAUAAAAUGGAUGCUGAGGGAAGAAGAUGGGGAUGAAUUAAGAGGACAGGGAGGAACACGUCUGUGUUGACAUGAAUGGUAUAUUUUAGAUAGAUUACUAGAUUUACCAUUGCAUCUAUGAUGUUCAAUGGCCCAGACACACAAAUAUUUUGAGGUAAGUUAGCAAAAAUCUAGAAAGUGAUUUAUAGUUCUUCAGAUAAUUUCCAUUUUUAUUCCCUACUAUGUGCCAAAAGUGUACAAAAUUUCUUGUUUUUUUUUUUUAAAUCAAAGUGAAAUUACUUUGACUCUCCAAAAAACUGGUUUUGAGAGUUUACACAGAGUGAUUAUUCCAUUGCAGGACUUGUGAUUAAUAUGCUUACUCUAGAAAGUCACUUUCGGCUUUUCCCGUUUAGGGGUCGCCACAGCAAAUCGUCACACUGAUGACAUU